GACGACACAGAAUCAGGGGUUUAUGCAGCACGUCUCGACUCCAACAUUUUGCGGGAUCAUGACAGCGAUAUUGUGACUUGUAAGAUCUCCAACGAUGCUUAUGUCCAUGACCAGAAGAACUGGACUAAAUUGUGUCACAUGGAGAAAGGUUCAGACCCUAUUUUGAAUAUACCAGAAUAUACCACGAUGAAAAUACAGCUCUCAGUUGCGAGGUGUCAAAUACACGACCACCAGCGUUGAUUGAAAUAUUGGUUGACAAUCAAGCAAUCAGUGACGUUGUUCACGAGGAUUUAUUGAACGAAACGUCAAAAACAUUCGCCAGUAAAGCUUCUAUAAUGAAAAUAGACAAGACUUGGAAUGGAAAGGAAAUGUGUUGUCGUAAAAAGUCUGCAAUUUACGGAAAUAUAAAAGCCACCUGUAAAAUAUUAGACAUGAAGUAUGGCCCCGUUGUCGACAUGGCGGAGGAACUCAGUGUUGAAGAAGGACGUAACUUGUCGCUGAGAUGCAAAUACAACCAUGGCAACCCUCCGCAGGAAUCAUCGGUUGUAUGGACAAGAGCAUUAAACAAUCAACGUUGGGAGGAUACUUUUCUUCAAAUCACGUCUGUUCAGCGGGCUGAUGAUGACAUAUAUACAUGUACAUUCACCAGUGAAAUGGUACUGUCUGAAGGUAUUUCUGUGAAUGGAAGCAGUAACGGAACAAUGCAUUUAAAUGUACAUUACCAAUCAACAGUGACAUACUUUGAUGUUGGUUCGGAGUACAAGGAUAGUGUUACCAAAGCCGAAAACGACACAGUCAUACUACUGUGUGUGGUUAACAGUAACCCAAAAGCUGAAAUUAGCAUCACAAAAGGCAACGACAUACUUGAAGUUGAAGAUAAUGGAAGCAAUCUGACGCACACUAUAGCUAGUUUGUCAUGCUUAGAUGCAGGUCUCUACUCGUGUACGAGUGCAAACAGAUACAACCGCGAUCUGCCGUCAAUAGAACAUUUUGAAAUGCAUGUAACCUGUUCGGCCAGACGCCCGUACAAUGUGAAUAUGAAGCUAGUAUUUUAUGGUUCAGUAAAUGAAAAUGCGACGUUAACGUACACUGCUUUUGCAUACCCUUUGCCUUCACCAUCGCAAAUCACUUGGAAAAGAUGCGUUGGAAACGAGGCAUGCAUGGUAAUAACUACAAAUUCGUCCAAGUAUUUCAUAUCGACCAAUGGACUGUCAAGUUUCCUUACUAUAAUUCAAGUAAAAGAAAAAGACUAUGGAUACUAUCAGUUAACAAUUUGGAAUGGUAUUGGUCGUGCAUUGACGGAACGAUUGCAAUUAAAGAAAAGUGGAGCUAACGAGAUUUCAGUGCAAGAGAUAACACACUUAACUCAUGCUGCAUCUGUCGGAGGAAGUAUCGUUGCCAUGAUAAUUGGAUCUGUUAUGGUUUUUUAUUGCAUUCGGCUAAAAGUUUCUCAUUGCAACACUUGUGGUUUUCGUAAUGUAAAUUCAAAUUCGAGAGCAGAAGAAGUGGAACUGCCAGGUACAGACGAAACCAACUUUCCGAGCAUUACGGAAAUAUUGGAACGCACGUAUAUCUAUGAAAAUUCCACAGAAGUUGGAGCUCGUGCGAGUGAAGAAAACACUGGCGAACCGCUUCCAGUCCACUACGAACCACUUCAACAAAUCCAUAUCGGGGAAACAAAUGAAUAUGAACACGUUAUGCAAGAGACUCGUUUCCAUGAGUACGAAAAUAUGGACGGAUUCCAGGAAAGAGGUGAACGGUUAUACAACAACACUGAAAUAGAUUAGAAAAGGAAAUGACAUAACAGCUUACCAAUAGUAAAGGCUCAUCGUUGCACGGCGUAUAUUGGUGAUUUGAUUUCAAUCAGGAUUGAACUUUCGAAAUUUGUUUGAGUGUGAGAAAGCAAUAUAUUUUAGCGAGCGAGCACAAUAAUGUAUCCAAAAAAAUUACACCAAAUUGUAUGCAAAUAUAGCUUCAAAUGAUGUCGUUGAAAUAUUGGCCCGGCUCUGUGCGCGACAAUUUUUAAUCCUGACAUGAAAGUGUGCUAAAAUCUCAAAACAGUGAAAAAUAUCAAAUGAAACAGUGAAAUGCCACCUUUAUUAGCCGGAAUUUUGAUCGGAAUAUUCUGGGUUAAAGAAAAAAGUAGGGAAAGUUUUUAUAUAUAAUGUU